CAAAAGAUUGUGACUGUCACGGUAAAAUACAACAACACCACACAACGUUCCUCAACAGCGCUGUUGAACUCCCCGAAGGGUGUCCCAUACAUUACAACAUCCAAUCUACGACUAUCAGCGACGAAGCGCCAUUAAAGCUUACGAUACUAGCACGCGCCACGUCGCGCAGAAACCGCAAACAUGUCUCUGACGAACUGCCGCUUCUAUGAAGAGAAGUACCCUGAGAUCGACAGUUUUGUGAUGGUGAAUGUGAAGCAGAUCGCCGAGAUGGGUGCCUAUGUCAAACUUCUCGAAUACGACAACAUCGAUGGCAUGAUUCUCCUUUCCGAGUUAUCCAGACGUCGUAUUCGAAGUAUUCAAAAGCUCAUCCGAGUUGGCCGAAAUGAAGUGGUAGUCGUUCUCAGAGUCGACAAGGAGAAAGGCUACAUCGAUCUCUCAAAGCGAAGAGUGUCACCUGAAGAUAUUGUGAAGUGUGAGGAGAGAUAUAACAAGAGCAAAAUGGUUCAUUCCAUCAUGCGACAUGUUGCGGAGAAGACCCAACAUCCAAUCGAGGACUUAUACGAGCGCAUUGGUUGGCCACUCAACAAGAAGUACGGACAUGCGGUAGAUGCCUUCAAGCUUUCAAUAACAAACCCCGACGUGUGGCAAGAGGUGUCAUUCCCAAACGACGUAGUGGCGGAGGAGCUGAAGUCCUACAUCGGAAAACGUCUCACACCCCAACCCACGAAGAUCCGUGCAGAUGUUGAGGUUACGUGCUUUGGCUACGAGGGGAUCGAUGCCGUUAAGGCUGCAUUACGAACCGCCGAAGCCAGAAACACCCCCGAUAACCAAGUCAAGGUCAAACUCGUUUCGCCACCUCUGUAUGUCCUCACAAGUACAUGCUUGGAGAAAUCAGUGGGUAUUGAAACCUUAGAGGCGGCCAUUGUCGACAUUCAAAAGAAUAUCGCCGCAGCUGGCGGCAACUGUAUUGUGAAGAUGGAGCCUAAAGCAGUCACUGAGAAUGAUGAUGCCGAAUUGCAAGCACUAAUGGAGAAGAGAGAGAGGGAAAACGCAGAGGUAUCAGGAGACGAGAGUAUGAGUGAGAGCGACGAGAAUAACGUCGAGGUCAUGUAGGAGCGCCUGGGGGUGAUUUAAAAGCUUUCUGG